ACACCUGCAAAGGACCACAUGGUUGUGAAGCAAAGUUACUAACUCUCUUUUAACUAUUUGAAAAAUUAAUGUUUUCACUUGUUCAUACACAUGUCCUGAAACAUCAGGUCAUUCGAUACAACUACUAUAAAACAUGGACAAUGUUGUAAUUUGAAAAUCUUUUACUAAAUAUAAACCCUCGGUUUCACAGACAAGGCUUAAGCCUAUUCCCAGACUAAAAUGCAUGUUUGAGCUGUUUUACCAGAAACCAACUUGCACUGACAUAUUUUAAAAUAUGCAUAGUUUGAUAAUAUCGUAAUUCGAUAUAACCAAAAGUGUCAUUCGGUAAAACCGAAUUUUUGGUUAAAGCGAAUGACUUUUUGGUGACACAUUUUGUCCAUAUUGUAAAAAUGACAAAAGCAGUGUUCUCACUUAAUAAAACUUUAAAAUUAAUUAUAUCUCCAUUACGUUUUUUUAAAAACCUUAUUUGUCAAUGACCCAUAUAUAUAUUUGCCUGCCAGCUCACGCGCUCCUCUCUUGCUUCUUGGUAGUGACAGCAAACAUCUUAUUUUAAUCAUAUUUUUAUUUUCUCAUCUGCAUCUGAUAAAGCUCCACUGGGACAAACAGUGGGAGUCAGAGGCUUGCAGAAAUGCCUCAGAAUUUCUGAGAAAAGUUUUUGCACCAUUUGUUUGCACUUGUCUCUUGGUUUGACGUUUUGUAUCUAUUACAAUGAAAUUUAGAACAGUGGUUAAACAAAAUGGUUUUUACAAUGACAGAUUCUUAAACUUUUACAUUUUAAUUCUCAGUCUUGAAUAUUUUGUUAUGCCCUUUAGCUUAACUUUCUUCAACCCAAAACGUUUGUCUCACCUCACACAGCUCUAUGUGAAUAAAUAUGAACCUAUUGUAAGGUCAAAUGUCACAGAGCCUUUUAGUGAAACACUUGUCAUUGUGGUGCCAGUGGGUCGGGACUGGUGUCUGUGAAAGUAAGACAAAUAAUGUGAAUCCUAAAAUGAAUCCUGACCUUUGACCUCUCUAUCCGGUAUGUCUAUCUCCGUUCCCCUGAAAUGAUCCGUUUAGAUUUUUCUGGAUCUAGUGUGUGAGUGAGAAAAUUCCUGUAAUGAUAAGUGUCUUUGAAGAAAGCUAUUGCUCAAGAGAGUAUCAUUUUCCUGAGUGUGUAUGUGGAAUUUGCAUUAGGGAGAAGGAGAGUCUUUAAAUGCAUCCAUUAGUCUGUAUGCGCAUCUAUUUGUUUGUGUGUAUGUGUACUGAGUCAGUCUCAGUGGUGUAAAGACAGUCUGUGCAACACAGGAAGCCAGCAUGUCUUCCAUAUCUGAAAAGUACAAGGACUUAUACAUCUGAAGGACGCCACAUACUCACCUUGAACACACUCCAGGUAAGCUGUGCCUGCCGGGCCGAUCUCAUUAAAAAAAAUCUUUAAGAUCUGGAUUUAUUGCUCACACGAUCAGUUACGGCUUGUAAAUGGAAGCCAUUCAGAUGCUUGCUGGCACCUUUAUUAUGGUUGUCAGCCAUUUCAUGAGUGUAACAUUUUUAUUUCAGCCUCCAAGUGCUUGGUUAAUCGCCACAGACCUUUACGGCAGACGUAUAAAUUUAACGAUCAACUUUUUACAUGUUAAUUAGAGAAUGUUUUUUUUCUCCUUAGCCAUUUUUAGCCAAAAAUGAAGACCCUAAUGCUGCUGUUUUGGAUUUUUGCUGUGCCUGUACACACUUUUGUGUUUCAGCCGAGUGUAAAUUUGACAGUCCUGCAGAAUGUAUCUUCAGAAGGUGACCUUUGGGCAGAGCAGAGACUUGAUCGGUUGAUGGAGGAUCUCAGCAUUGAAAAGGAUAAAAGAAGUGAGCAAGAAGCCACAAUCCAAGGGGCGGAUGAAGAUACAGUCACAGUUCACAGUAAGAGAACUAAACACCAUGGUAUGAAGAAAACAGAAAUGGAGAAACAAACAAGUGGGCAAACAGAAAGUGAUGUAAUAAAGAAGGAAGUCAAAGAAAAAGAGGAUCAGCAAGGACAGAAUAUGUCAGAUGCAAUCUUAACCAAACCCAUCCUCACUGCAUGGAAUACCACCUCUUCACAAGAAGUGGAGGGUGAGGAACAUCUACCUCCAACAGUCAAUCAAUAUACCACUCCGCCUACCAUGGCCACCACCUCCCAACCUGUCCUGCACUUGCUUACAGAGUCAGUUACUCUACUUCCAUCAUCCCCAUCCACAUCACAAAGACAAGCUGCUGAGACCUUACCUAUUAUAACCGAUAAUGCACUUUCAUCCGAAACUACAGUUGAAACCACAAAACUUCACAUUGUAAAUUCAACUGCUGAGGCAAAGGGAACCACCUUACUGGUAAAUGAAAGCAGCACAAAUGAUGACCUCAGAGUGGAACUCCAUGUGAUGAACAGCUCUAAACUCCACCCACUAGAGGAAGUGAGUGUUGAUGUCAGAGCAAUGGCAGUAAGGGCAGGACCCACUGCAAAGGCCCCUCCUAGUACUUUUAUGGCCAAACCAAAAAACAAAGUAGCAAGUGCCAAACUUAAAGCCAAUAAAACAUUAAAAGUGAAGAAAAAAAAGGCAAUCAAAGGAAAGGUGAAGAAGACAACCAAAGUUUUGAAAAAAGCAAAGAAAGUGAAAAAGUUAAAACGAGAGCGGAAAUUGAAGCCAACAACACCUUCGUAUUUUCCCUACUUUGAAGAUCACUAUUGUCCCUCUGAAUGUUUCUGCUAUGGGAGGGUUGUGCAGUGUUCCGACAAAGAUUUGGACAAAGUGCCUUAUGGAAUUCCUUACAACUCCCGUUACAUUCUCUUAAUGAACAACCACAUCGAUAGCAUCCAGUUGAACUUGCUCUCCGAGUACGACUCCAUGGAGUUCCUGGUGUUAAGCAAAAACCGUUUAACAGAUGCAUCGAUCGAAGGUGCCUUUGAAGGGAUCCAGAGCCUUAAGAGACUUUACGUGGAGCGGAACCUUCUCGGAAGCAUUCCCACCGACCUGCCAGGUACUCUUGAGGAGCUACGACUGGACGGGAACCAGAUAAGUGUAAUGUCUGAUGCAGCCUUCGGACGCUGCCCAAGCCUUCUGAUCCUCAGCCUGAGCAACAACAGCCUAGGGAACAAAUCUAUCCCUCCGGGAGUUCUUCUUCCCUUGGGCAAGCUUCGAAUACUUACGCUUUCCUACAACCAGCUUUCCUCUGUUCCGCUGCAGCUGCCCCUCAGUCUUCGAGAACUCUAUCUUAGAGGCAACCGCAUUCAAAGUCUCCAAGGCGACAUGUUCUGGGGUGAGGCGGAGCUAGAGAUUCUGGAUCUAAGUGCAAAUAGACUGACCGAUAAAGGACUUGGGAAGGCAGCGCUACUGAAUGCCAGUAACCUUGAAAGUUUAAAUCUAGAGGGCAAUUCUUUGAAGCAGGUUCCUCACCAUCUACCCCGCACCAUAAAGACCCUCAACUUGGAGGGAAACUUCAUAUCUAGCAUAACUAAGGAUGCUUUUAUCUCAAUGCCUCAGUUGGAGCACCUAGGACUAGCAAGAAACAAGAUUACCAAGGUGGCCCUUGGUGCCUUCCGGGUUCUUCCACUUCUGCAUCAACUAGACAUGAGUCACAACUCCUUACAACAGGUACCACGGCAGCUCCCAUUGUGGCUGCACUCUGUAACAUUUGCGAACAACAAGAUCCGUGCAAUUCCACGUGAUGCUUUCUGUUGGGGUCGAGGCAACGAGUCUCCCCUUAGCGGCCUGGUGAAGGUGCACCUGGAAUAUAACAUGAUAGAUCUGGGCCACCUGGACACCUUGGCCUUUCGAUGUCUCCGAGGCUUUCAGGUGGUGCAGUUUUACUAAACUAAACUGUUCGGGAAGCCCUGGAAAUGGUCAUCAUAUGGCUAGAAGUGGAAUUUACUGGUUUUAGCUUGUUUUUUCUUUCAUGUCUGGACAGAAGACUUUUGAUGGAGACCAUGAUGGAGAAAAGUGGUGAACUUGUUUUUUGAUAAAGACAAAAAGUCUAAAAGUGAUGAGGAAACAAUAUAGACUGCAUACAGCAGAACCUGAUUUCACCAAGUGCAACAUGUUCCUGGAUCAACAUCUUUGUCAAUCCAGUCAACCAAUCAGAUUUGAGGAACAAGUUUACAGUUUAUGUCAAGUUUGGGCUUACAACCAGGGUUAUGUGCUUCUACAUCAGUGUUGUUCACCUAUCAUUUCCCUCUGAUUGUAGGGAUUAUUUAUGGGUAAGGUUAGGUUUAGGGGGAUUUUCAGAACAGGAAAGUUGUUCCGGGAUCAAAAUAUGUUUACCCAGGAACUGGUCUAACUCUGCAAAAUCAGGACAUGCCUGCAAACAUCAUAUAGGGCACAAAUUGUAUCCAGGCACUGAUCUAUUUGGCCUUACAAAACAGGAUUGAGUAGUGUGUUGCUUCCGAGUCUGACACAUAAAGACUGGUAGUGCUUAUGGGGACAUGGAUUUGAGUCCGGCCUGGGUCACCAUCCAUUCCUGGUGCCCGAUUUCUUAUACCUUCCUGUUGCUGCUUCACUGAUUUUUUUUUUUUCUUCAAAUAAAAGCCAAAAAAUAACCAAAUUUUAAUGUCUGUGUCUUGGGUCAUAGUGUAUUUCAUAAAGUGUAUUACCUAAACUUGACAGUCUACUUUAUCUCUCUUUCUCUGGCCAAUGUUACAUCAGCCCUGAUUUGCCAAAGUGAUUCUUGACCUUUAAUAGCUCAAGGUCACGCUGCAAAGAUAAACUGUUGAAAAUUAAUGCUUUUAUAGCUUUCAACAAGGAAAUUCAUCAUGACAAGUUGAUAAAAUAUUGUCAGUAUGUUUUGCAUUAUCCAUAGUAAAAAAAAAUGUUUUUCUGAAAAUUGCUUGUUUUAUUUUUCUUGGUAAAUGCUUGGCAGGGUUUGCUGCUUGGCUGUGAUUAUUCUUGCCAGAUUUGAAGUGAAGAAAAGCACAUUAUUCAGAAUUUGGCCCGAGGUUAACUUGGCUGUUUAUUUCUCUCUCACAAGGGACUUAUACAGUCCAUCUAUGCCAAUGACAAUUGCGUAGAUGGAUUGCGAAGCAAUUCCAAAAUGCGUGUGUGUGUGUUUAGGAAAGAAAUACACUGAAAACAAACAUGGUUAGUUGAAAGUUUUUGAGUGUCUUCUUGCUUGAGUUUAUGCAGUCAGGAUGAAUCCAGAAUUAAGGAGAAUACUACAUUGUGAGAUACAUUUGUACUUGUUUGUACUCACCAAUAGAUGGCAGAAGAGUAUAUUUAAAAAAAAUGCUGCACGAUACAUAACUUUGCAUCAUACUUUUUUUUUAGUAUUUCUCCUGGUUAUACCAAAAAGGAAAUGCAGUUCAUGUGUUCUAUUAAAACAUUUGAAAGUAGAAUUUUACAUUUGCAUCUCAAAAAUCUCGAAUAUUUGUGGAUAUUAAUUUCCACUUGUUAAAACAGUUAUUAUGUGCCUGGUCAAAGAUAUGACUAAAUUUGACAGGGUGCUGCCAAAGUCUUGAGGUUACUUUCAAUUAAGUGAGACUAUUUAAGCAAACCAUAUGAGUGUGUGCAAGUGGAGAAUGAGUCAGGGAAUACAAAGAAAGAGAGGUGAAGAGGGGGAAGGGGGUGACAAAGUGAGAGAGAAAUGAGAUGGAAAAAAGCAAAUAGCAGCUUCAUGUGUAGGGUUGGUGAAUUCCAUCUGUCUAAUAAUGCAGGAAAGCUACGUGGCACAGGGAGACAGCUGGAGAAAGAGAGAGAGGGAGAGAGGGAAAGAAGGGAGGAAGACAGAAAAAAGAAGGUUUCUAGGAAGGUUAAGGACUCUUCCAGAGCCUCCCUACAGUCCAGCAGGACCCUGACCCCUAUAAUUUAUCUUUUUGUCUUUUCACAUUUUUAAUUUUAUUGUUUUUCUUCAUACUUGUUCAGUUUAUCAUACUAUAACCAGCAUAAUGUGCAAUUUUUUUUUUUUUUACUCUUUACAAAUAGAGGGUGGGUAAGCUGUGACACAUUUUACUUAAGUUGUCCACUAAGCAAGGAAAAAUGAGAUUGCUGAUUCUCGUAAUUAUUUGUCAGGAUGUCUUCUAUAAAGAAUAAUGAAUCAUAUGUAAGAAAUAUGACUUCUAAGUGACACAAUUUACCAGAUGUGGUAAGAUGAAUCAUUGCGUAAUAUCUACAAUUUAUAUUUCAAAUAAAUUUAUCAACAUAGAAAAUGAUAACAAAAAUAUGAUUUGAGCAAUGCAUCCCAUUCCAAAAUCCCACACUAUUCAUAUAUUUGUAAUUUAGCCAGGGAAUGGUUUAAUAUUCAGAAUGUUUGAAUGUAUUGAAACAAUCUUCAACCUUUCUGUGUAAAAUAUAAUAGAUUUUAUAUAUA